GCCCCGGAAGCGGAAGUGCGGGCGCCACGGGGUCCCGUCCAGUGCGAGCCCGGCCGGUGCGCCAGCCGUUCCGCCCGCUGGUCACUUAGCGCCCUCUCCGCUGCUCGUGUUCCCCUCGCCGGCCGCGCCAUGCUGUCUCUAGACUUUUUGGACGAUGUGCGGCGAAUGAACAAGCGGCAGCUGUAUUAUCAAGUCCUAAAUUUUGGAAUGAUUGUCUCAUCGGCACUAAUGAUCUGGAAGGGGCUAAUGGUCAUAACUGGAAGUGAAAGUCCAAUUGUAGUGGUGCUCAGUGGCAGCAUGGAGCCAGCAUUUCAUAGAGGAGAUCUUCUCUUUUUAACAAAUCGAGUUGAAGAUCCCAUCCGAGUGGGAGAAAUUGUUGUUUUUAGGAUAGAAGGACGAGAGAUUCCUAUAGUUCACCGAGUCUUGAAGAUUCAUGAAAAGCAAAAUGGACAUAUCAAGUUUUUGACCAAAGGAGAUAAUAAUGCCGUUGAUGAUAGAGGCCUCUAUAAACAAGGACAACACUGGUUAGAGAAGAAAGAUGUCGUGGGGAGAGCAAGGGGAUUUGUUCCUUAUAUUGGGAUUGUGACGAUCCUCAUGAACGACUAUCCGAAAUUUAAGUAUGCAGUACUCUUCUUGCUGGGUUUAUUCGUGCUGGUCCACCGUGAGUAAGACGUCUGCGUCGCUGUUCCUGGAAGAUGCCGUACUUUUCGUUCCUGAAUGUUUGGCGUAGAUACUGGGCUGUGAUCGGUGGAGUGCAGCUCGCACCUGUCGGCGCUUCUGGGUAGCAACGUUUGCAUUAGUUUCUGUUUCCACGCCAGGGCCCAUGUGGGCAGGUGCACGGGCACCGCGGCGCGCACUCGAGGGGACUCUCAAUCACAGGAUUUCAUAUGUUGUCAUUGUCACCCUUUCACAUUUUUGUACAUCAGUGAAUUUUUUAUAUUAAAAGGUUGAGCCAAAGCCCCCAGUGUUUGUAUUUUGAAGCCAAGCUUCACCUCUAAAGUGCCUACAGAGUUCUGGAAAUGGAAAACGCAGCUCUGCACGAGUUUGGAACCGUCAUUCCUCCGUAUAAGGUGGGAAUGGCAUAUACGGAGGUGGUCGUAAGUCUUAACUUUUCAAAUUUUAAAUAAAAGACUUUGCAUAUCGAA